AUCGACGCUAUCAUCCUCCAACCUUCUCUACAGCCUCAGAGCUUCCCUUCGGCCCAUCUACCUCCCUCCCGCAGGAUUCAUGCAUCACCAGCAUGCAACAGACGUCGCAGCUAAAACAGUCCCCGAGCGGCCGUCGCCAAGGCGGUCGGAACCGCGGCGUCCCCCAGCAGAAGGCCUACGCUUCGGAGAAUGACGUUCCUAGAUACAAACACGGUCGCUCCAGUCACCCCACCACACCGCAGAAGGGUCAAGGCGCGUCCCCGUCGGCGCGCGCUUGUUCGACGCAGAAAAAAGGACAGAGGAGCAGCGGCCACCCUUGUACCAAGACGGCGUCUGCGCUGACAGAUCAGGAGAAGCCUGAUCAAGAAAGUCCACCUCCGCCGUCCAAGGCGGACGCCGCCCCGAUAUUUGCCGGCUCCUCGUUCCACGCGUCGCCUGCCCCCUCGGCGCUCCCGAUCCCUAGCUUCCUCGCCAGGUCCGAUCCCGAUUCUGGAGCGAAGACCGCGUCCAGCCCAGAGCAGGAAUAUUCCUCGGCUACCACAGAUUCUGGCCCUUCCAGUCCCCCGUUCAUCCCGAGAACUGACGAGUCUCCCUUGGAGUUCUUCUUCCGCGCCGACCGAGCCGAGAAGGCCGGGACACGCAGGGCUAGUUAUGGUCAAGUCAAUAGGCUAGAUCUCAGCCCCCUAUCGCCUCCCCGCGAUCUAGUCAAGGAGUGCGCUACGUUUCCUAAGAAGACGACGACGACGACGACGACGAACCAGGCUCGACGUUCAAACUAUCCCAAACGCCCGGCUGCCCUCGGUAUAUCCCCUGACGAGCUAGAUGGCAACCCGGGUCGGCCAGUUGGCCCCGCUUUCUCCACUCCAUUUCAAGAGCGCUUACGAGCAGCUCGGUCGAAUCAGAAUUCUACGCAGACCACACCCGUCGCACCUCCGGUCUUAAGAUCGGAUCCCUCCUCGGAAGCUCUAAAACGUUAUUUAACUACCGGUCGGCUCAGCCACGAGGAGCAGCUAGAACCAGAAUCUACCCCAUCAAAGCCUGUGACUCGAACAUCUCCUCAGCGUCACACCCACCCAAAACCUCACCAGCGGCAGGCCACUCAGCAUCAGAGCCCACAGGCUCGUCUCCCCCGCGGCGUAUUCCCGGCGUCGGUCCUGACGGCCAAUGCGCCGGGUAGCCAGCCAUCCAACUCAGAGGUGCACGCGCAACUAACUUCUUACCGGUCGGAGCAAUUGCUUAUGAUGGAGGAUGGCCUCCGUCGGAUCCUGAAGAUGGAUGUCUCAACUCCAUCCUUGACACUCAGUUAAGCACUUCAAAUAUCGUUUCCUUUGUCGGUUUCAAGACGCGGCGCGGUGUUGCGGGCGUUCAGGGAAGGACGAGAUUCCUCUCGUUGGCCUCGACUCUGCGACUACUCGUCACAUUUCCUUUCUAUAUUCGGCGCCCUUUUCA